GAAGACCUGUUCCAACUUCCAGCAGUGCACAAUAUGGAACAUUAUCAGUUGACAGAGUGUUCUUGUGUCAUAUUAUUGUUCGAUCAUAUUUUCUUUAUUUUUUCAUAAUUUUCUAUUAUUUUAAAUAUCGGGGUUACUGUGGCAAUUGAAAUUAAAAUUAUAAUAAUUAUUUAAAUGGGUGUUUGAUAUUUUUUUAGACAUGAUUAGGAGAGACUAGAGACUAAAGUUCAAAGUGUUUAUUUAUUUUUUUUAUUGUUGAUUGUGUUUUUGGAUUGUGUACUAUCAAUUUUCUUUGUUAUUAUUGAGUAGCUUGUAUAUAUUUAUGCACGCUUGUAUGUAGAGUGUAUGACAGGUUCUUUUUUUAUAUUUUUUUUUUUUAAACUUUGACCAAUCAGAUGACAUAUAGAGUGUUUAUUUUGCGCGCGAAAUUAAAAUAUUAUUGAUAUUUCUAAAAUUACAAAACAACAUGUCUUUGUUUGCCAAUUGUUUAUCUCAUUUCACUGGUUCGAAACUCAAACAAGAGGUCAAAGGAUUUAAAAUAACUGACGUUAAAAGGACACGUAAAAUUGGAAUUGCUUGUUGUAAUUUAAAGGAAUUAAAAAAAAAAGCAUGUGAAAAAUUAAAUAUAAGUAAUGAUUUAUCAGAAAUAAAUAUUUAUUUGAUUGAUGGUUCACUUGUUGAUGAAGAAUAUUUUAAAACACUUGAUGCUCAAUCAACACUGAUACUUCAAAAACCAGGAGAAAAAUUAUUAACAGACGCAGAUUUACUAUAUGAAACCCUGAGGCGAGUAAAUAUUGAUUAUCUUACGGCUGGUGAUCAAGCAACAAAGUUUGUAACUGAAAAUCUCAAAAAAAAAGUUGCAGUUUUGCAUAAUUUAUUGAACUUGGAUGAUUCAAAAACUCAAUUAAGUCAUAGAGAUGAUCAUCCAGAAUGGUUUAGAGGUUUGGAAACAAAUGUAACAACAAAGGAAGCUUAUAUGCAUCGUCGUUGUCAAGACAGAAUACGUGGAUAUCUCUACAAGACAAUUGAACAAAUAAAAACAUCAAAUAUUUGGCUUACCAAUAACCAAGCACGUUUAAAUUUACAAAAUAUUAUUGAAUAUUUUAAAUUACAACUAAAAAAAGAUCAUUAUUUUGGUUAUUAUUUCGACAGAAGUAAAUGUCACAAAGAUGAAAUUGAUGCUGUUACCAGGACAACUGAUAAUUGCUAUGAUCAUUGUCCAUGUAAAUUAAUUGAUGAAAAAAAAAAUGAUGAAGAUGAUAAUGAAGAUGUAAAUGAAAAGUAUGUAGAUGAAGAGAAAAAAAUUGAUGAUGAUAAUGUUGAUACUGUUGAUGGUAAACGACAGUCAAAAAGCAAUGAUCGACCAGCUAAAAAACAAGAAAUUGAUGAGACAAUUGUGUGUCCUUAUAAUGUUUAUUCAAGAUGUCAAGAUGAAAUUAAUUCAUUGUGUGAUGCUAAUGGAGAAUUUCAGUGUGAAGGUGUAUGGAAUUAUGAAAAUUGUAAAUAUGGUGAUAGACAUAAAAUCAAUCCUUACAGAUCAAAAGAAGAACUUAUAUUAUUUUCAACUUGGAAUCUUGAUCACAAAUUGGAACGCUCACGAACUCUUGUUCCACAACUACUCAAGUACUCAGAGGAUAAUUUGAUUAAUGAAAAAAUUGUCUUUAAAUUUUAUGACAAUUUAUUUACUAUUAAAAAUUUACGACUUGUUCAUAUUGUUUGUCAUGACAAAGGUUCACAUAAAUAAUUAAUUGUUAUUAUUAUUUUUUUUUUAAUAUUCAUAGUUAAAUUUAGUAAUUAUUUUCUGAUGAAUUUUUGAGUAUUUUGGUUCAUUUAAAACUACUUGCCAACAAGUAAAAAAUGUUAAUAUUUUUUUGAAAAAAAAUAAAGCAAUUAAAGCUUGAAAAUUACGCUAGUAAUUAAUUUUAAAAUGAAAAUAUAAUCAAGGCUGUACGUGAAUUGGAAUUCCUUUAUCAAUAAUGAUACUAAUUUUUUUUUUCACGCGGUUAUGAAUGAUAUAUAUAUUCAAAUAAUUAUCAAGUUUAUUUAGAUUAAAUUAGGUUAAUUAAAACAUGCUAAUUAGCCGCUAUAUUAGUUCAAAAAAAAGGAAUUAAUUAUCUAUAAAUUUGUGAUUUUAGCAGUGUUUAAAUCAGUAUUAGAAAAAAAAUUAUAAUCAGUGCCAAAAAAAAAUAUUAUUAACAAAUAGUAUAUAGUAUAUUUUCAUGAAUAUAUAAUGAAUAUAAUUUUCAUAAAUUAAAUCUGCGAGUGAACUGAAUAAUAUCGCAAAAAAAAGAUCAAAAAAAUAAUAAUCAAAAUUAUAUUUAUGUGGAGGAUGUGGACUCAAAGAAAAAAAAAAAAAAAAAAACUACACAGGUAAAAAUAAAACAGGGUGAUUAAUCAAAGCAAGACUUUAAUUAAUAUUUAUAAAAAUUAUUAAUAAUUUUUAAUUUAUAAGAGUCUGUAGGACAAUGAAUUUCGAAAAAAAGCACAUUGAAUGAUACUUGAAUUAUUCUUGAGAUGUUAAAUUAUUAUUAAAUUAAUUUUUAAAUUUUACAAGUAUGUAAUUCAAUGAAUGACAAUUGGCUUUAUUCAAAUAAUCAAUGCAUUCAUAUAACUGUGAAUGUCAUUGUGUUGUUGUUUGAGUAUCAAAGUGUCACUGACACAUGAAUGUAAUAAAUAUAUAGUCAAUUUUAGACAUAUAGUUAUGAAAUAUUGAGAUGAUUUUAAUAGCACUUGUUAACUGUUAAAAUUUAUAAGCCAAUUAUCAAUCAGUUGUUGUUCAUUGUCAAUGUGUAAAAUUAUUUUAACUUAAUUAUUUUUGUCUCAAACUUCCGUCCCUAUUUAUUAUUUUUUCAAAGCCAUUUAAAUUUAAUUAACAAUAUAAUUUUCCAAAAAUAAAAUAUAAUCUAUGUAAGAAAAUAAAUCUAUCUUUUAUUAUUUAAAUUUAACUUUGUAUUUUUUUUUUUUAAAGAUAUUUUUAUAGUAUUAACUUUUGAUUGAAUUUAUAAAAAGUGUCUAGUUUAAUAUUUUUUCUAUUGAUUCGUUUGCCAUGUCAAGAAAAUAUUAGACAGUUUUUAUAAAAUACAAUUGAGACAGUUAUAUUUGAGUCAAAAACAAUGAAGAGAGCUAGAUGUGACACCACAUCGAAAUGCUUUAAUAAAUUUUCAUUUUACGUCUCGUUGAAUUUACUUUCCAGACGACUGGAUUUCAUAUAAUAAUAAUAAAAAAAAAACUAAAAAUAAAAAAAACACAUUAAAUCAUGAAAUUACUGCGAAAUUAAAUUGAUAAUUAAUUAAUUAAAUUUUUUUCAGUUUAAAAAUUAACAGAGCUUUCAAUUUUCAGCUUUAUAAAUUAAAAAAAAUACCAAAAAAUACAUUAAAAAUUAUUUAAACAAUUCCAAAUAAUUUUAUUUCAAUUAUCCAGCUUUAAAUUUAUUAAAAAAAAAUAAUCUCUCGAAAUAUUUCCAUUGAAAAAUAAUUUUUUUUACAAUUUAAAUUUAUUUUUUCUCAAGGUGUCUCAACAUAAAAAAUUAUAAAUAUUAUUUAUGAAAAGAAAAAUAAAUCUUUGUUUGCUGGAGUAUUUUUAAAUGACAAAAUAUUUAUAUUCACCACGUGCAACACUGUAGGAUUAUAUGAUGUGAUCCCCGAGGUGCGAGACCAAAAGAUGAACCACAUUGGAGGCGUAUGAGAAUGACGGACAAAUAUUCCCGAGUGUGUCCACUAAUUCAACUAUAGAUUAUACAUAUAUUGCAUCAUGUACACACAACGACUACGAAUAAUACGAUAUAUAUAUAUCCCGC